ACAGAACAAAAAAAAAAAAAAAAAAAAAACCUAAACUAUCACGAUUGCUGACCGCCGAACCAAAGAGAAGAAUCUCCAAGGUUACGGCGAGAGCGCAUCAAUUAAUAGAAUGGGUUGUGGGGGUUCAAGGAUGGGAAAUGCGGGAGGCGACGAGGUCUCGGCCCGCAUCCGCCCGCUCUUGAGGCGGAGAUUGGAAGAGAUGAAGAAACGUAGUCACGCAAGCGUGUUGAGAGGCAACCAAACAUUGUCUAAGAAGGAACUUCUCAAGCACGGUGGCUCGGAUGGGGAAGAGACGGAGCAUGACGGCAGCAUGAGGUCGGCGAAGGUGGCUCCGGCACCUUCAGAUCAUGACGAGGUUAAUAACGAGGAAGUUGUUUAUGAGGAGGUUGUCGAGAAGGUCAUUGAGGUUGUGAAGGAGCAAAGGGAUGAUGGGGAUUAUGAUGAUCAUGGCGGUUGUGAUGAUGGUCAUGGUCAUGAUGUUGAUGGAGAUCAUCAUGAGGAAGAAGACGAGGAGGAAGAAAUAGAAGGGAGAAUGAGCAAUUUCGAUGAGAGAAUGAUAUGCCCUGCGUCACCCAGUUUCAAGGUUUACUGUAUUGAUAUUUCGGAUUCUGAUGACGACGAACAUAAAGAUAAAUAUGGAGAAGAGAAGAAAUCGUCAAAGACAGAGAACAGCGACAUCGUCGUAGACCCAAAGGAUCAAAGCAUCAAGACAGCGAAAAAUGGGCGGAAAGGGAGAAGAAGAUUCAGUAUACCGUUGCCGAAAGCAGCGACUCCGAAGAAGUAUCUAUUCAACGUGGCGUCGCCAUGCUACUCUGCGGCGGCAGGAGGCUGCAUGGGAAACCACCAUUCUCGUCUUGUGCAAGAGAAAUCAUCCACCAAUUGACCACACACACGCACAUAUAUAUAUAUAUAUAUAUGUAUAUAUAUGUGUGUGAUUCACCUCUGCAUUUAAAGAGCUAAAGACAGAUGUAUGUAUUGAGUGUAAGGAUAGUAUAUUUGUAAAUACAUCUAAUUAGUGUUUUGACAUAAUUUUGUAUGUCUACAUAAUUCUUUGUAAUUCUCCCUAUCAAUACACACACACACAAAUAUUUCUUGCA